CUGUCCCUAGGCUUGAAAAGAGGAGGCUGAGCUGAGGGGAAUUUAGUUGGUUGCAACCUGCCAUAAACCACUAUAUGCCACUAAAAUCUUCAAAGUGUCCCUUUAAUUUCACUCUUGUCACUGCAGAGAUGCCAGAGACUUCCUGUGAGAGACGUGGCCAAGCUCAACCACAACAUGACAAGAUUAAACAGCUGAAGGAGCAACGCCCUGCACCACCUCCUUCUCCUCCUCCGCCUCCUCCUCGUCAGACCAGGGACCCCUCAGGAAGUCAGUCUUCCAAUUUGGAAGGCAUAAGGCAGAAGCAGCAAAGACCAUCAGUGCUGCGUCAGAUCACACAAACACCUAUUACACGACUACACGUGCAUCCAGAAAAUAGUGCAGCCGUCUCCAUUUGCAAGGAAGAGGUGAAAGCUGUCUGUUUACCCCAGUCAUCUUCACCACACAUGGGCUCCUCUUCCAAGCAAAGUCAUCUUCUCCUCCCCUUGAGGAGAUACGGCCGAAAGCAGAGCUCCAUCCAGGACAGGCUUCAUGAUGGCAUCCCUGAGGAGACCAGUGCCCUGUUUGUCAGUGGCCUCUGUCGCUGGCCUGGCUGUGACGUGAUGUCUGAAGAUUUCCCUAGUUUCUUAAAGCAUCUCCAUUCUGAACACAGUCAUGGUGAUAGGAGCAUUGCUCAGUGGAAGGUCCAGCAAGAUAUUGUUCAGUGCAUGGAAAGUCAGCUCAUCCUGGAAAAACAGAAACUCAUUGCAAUGCAACUUCAUCUGCACCUCUCUGAACACAAACACACUGAUUUGGCAGCUUCUGAGUGGCCGUACAGCCUCCCUCUGUUCCUGCCCCAGCCUCAGGGAAAAGAUGGAGACAGAGUGCAACAAUGGGGAUUUAAACAUCUGGAGGAGUUGUCCCAGCAUGGCUACAGCAUGGCUGCUGGUUCUGCCCACCUUCUGCCAGAUUUGGUCCCCAGUAUUGAAUGUUACAAAUACAACAACAUCAGGCCUCCGUACACCUACGCCUACUUGAUAAGAUGGUCUAUCCUGGAGUCCCCAGAUAAACAGCGCUCUCUGAAUGAGAUUUACAACUGGUUCACUACCAUGUUCUUCUACUUCAGACACAACACUGCUACCUGGAAGAAUGCAGUGCGGCACAACCUCAGCCUACACAAGUGCUUUGUGCGGGUGGAGGGAGGAAAGGGAGCUGUUUGGACGGUGGAUGAAACAGAGUACCAGAGGAGGAAGGGACAGAAGUACCACAGGGACUGUCCUGUGAAGUGGCUCACCCCCUACUCCCGUUACUGUCCAGAGGACCCCUGAGCACCAGCAGGUGGAAGCACUGAGCUGCUGCUUUCGUCCAGGAGCUGGAGUCACAUUCACAUGCAGAGGUGUACAGAUGAAGAACUGUUAAAAUGCAUGUUUUUGUUUUGUACCAUUUUCAAAUGCCUUGUUAAACACUUCGGUGAAGUCACAUCAAGAUGUUUUGUACACAUACAUGACAGCAGUUUCUGUAUUCACUGAUUUCUA